AGCUAUCCGCCCCCACGACAUGAAUGGCACCCAGUCAGAGGCAAGAAGGCAGAGACCAGGAAGAGAAGAUGACGAAGAAAAAGAACUUCAGUUUCAACACAGAAAAAGCCACCUGUGUCCGUGAUUGGAUCUAAGAGCACCAUACACACACACACACACACACCAUAGCAUCCACGCCAAGACGCAUUUAUGGACAACAACGAGAAAGGCUCGCAGCAGCAUCUGGAUCCAGCGGCCGAGGUGGGUCAGGAAGCAGCUGAGGUGGGUCAGGACGCGGCAUUGAGCGCGGAAGCCCCACCGCCCACCAUGACAGAGGAGGAACGCCAGGAGCUACAAGUGGAGCUGUUGAGGGUGGAGGACGAGAUCCUGACACUGUCUCAGGUUCUGGCGGCGAAAGAGAGGCAGGUGGCCGACAUCAAGAGGAAGCUGGGGGUCACGCCGCUCAGCGAGCUCAAGCAGAACUUCACCAGAACCUGGCAGGAGGUCACCACCUCUUCGGCGUACAGGAGGACGUCGGAGACGCUGUCACACGCUGGCCUGAAGGCCACAUCAGCCUUCUCCAACAUGAGUCUGGCCAUCAGCCGUAAACUGGAUGACGUCAGCAAGCGCUCUUUGCAGCACUCGGCUAGCAUGCCUGUCAUGAGGAACGCUCCCUCAUUCAAGUCAUAUGAGGAGAAAGUGGGAACAUGGAAGAACAUGAGUCCGUCGGAAAUGGACGGCGGCGAGCAGAUGAAUGUUCCCGACGCAGAGGCUCAGCACCAGGACACGCCCACCAACCUAGACGCACCCUUGCACUGACCCCCAACCUUUGACCCUCCCAUAAUGUCCUUCUACAAGUCUUUAAACAUAUUGGCAACCUGACCAUUAGAACUGUGCAACCUCUUGACAUCACAUUUUGUGUCACGCGCCCACUCACCUUAACACCCCCCCCCACACACACACACACGUAUAGCAUUUUCGCAUCAUCAUGGCUUUUGUCAAACUAAUUAAAGAAAAAUUGAACUGCAACAGCUGUUUUAAUUAACUUCAAAGCAGAAAAAUACUACAAAAUUCCGUUGAUUAUAAAAUGUAUACAAAUUAUUCAUGCCAACAAACUGCUUUACUUGUUUAAUUCUAAAGUAGUUUUUUUUCAUAGCGUCUGUCUUUAACGUAAACACAAGUACCAGAAUUAAAAAUGACUGGUGAAUUUGGUGAUCAUGAGAAAAUGCAUAUUAACUGCAGUUCACGAUUUGAGCACAAGAUGGUACUAGAUGUGGAACAUUACAUUUGACAUGAGGAACAUUACAUACGCACAGCUACGACGGUUUUAUCCUCAUAAUGGACAUUUGUGAUCCCAUGACUUUCGAUAAUAAGCAAUCUAAUCUAUGUUUAAGAAAUGAUUUCCCCCGGGGUUAAGGGACUUUUUUGCCGAAAGAACGUGCACUCUUACGUGCUGAUGGAAAUUGCUCGCUUCCACACUACGAAAAGAGGGCAGAGUUUAUGCCUUCUCUGUCAUUUUGUCAUGCUAUUAUCGUCUGUUGAAAUGGGAUCAUACUGCGUGAGAAAACAAAAAUAGAUCAGGUUGAGGGAAAAUAGGCUCCCAAUGAGGCAGAAAACGUGCAGUCUUCUGCCUGUGGCGUCGGCAGUUUCACGCAAAUGUCAACCUUACUGCUAUGCGAUAAGUGGGUCGGAAAAUAUUCAAAUUAGUCGCUAUAUUUUUAACCACUGAAGAGGGAGCAACAGCGAUGUCUAAAUACUCUGAUUAAUUUAUGCACAGUUAUUCAAUCAGGACACUGAUACAGCUUGGAAACUUUUCCAUUACACAAGGCAGAGCUCAUUAACGUCUUGACACAUUGAUACAUUCAGUAGAUAAGACAUUUUUAUGACCAUACGUUUUCCCUUCUUUUUCCCUCCCAUAUUCCUGCUUGCGGAAAGUAUAAAACCUUCUGAUCUGGAGUCUGACCUGGUUGUUUUUCAUUUGUUGACGUGCAUCGUGUACUGACUGCCAUGAGACAACCCAAGAUCGUGCAAAUAAAGAACCAACUAUUACUCCA